UUGUUCAAUUAAGGAUUAUGGUAAGAUAAUACUAAGUAACACUUGUGCGUUUGAUUCAGCUGCGUCGAUAUUAAUGGUUGCAUACUGUGAUAGUAUUAAUUAUAACACUGUGGUCGAUAGCUCAAAUAGUAUGUUCCUUAAAUUCAUUGCUGAAAUAGUCAAGAAUGGGAUUUCAGCUAAGACAUAUUCGAACAGAGCAGAAAUUAUGAUAAAAUACUUAAAACCUAGAAUGGAAUAUUUGGAAUAUAAUACAACAUUGGCAGUAUGUGACACAACAGUAGGAAAUGUUUUCAAACAAUUAUUGAUAGAGUUUCCUACAGUAUUGGACAAUAUAAACUGCACUAUAUCCACUUGUAAUAAAACAACUAAAUGUCCAAUACCUGUGCCAUAUAUAACACUGAAUAUUACAAAUGGUAAUUUAAAUUCGCUUGAGGAAGAUAUAGGAAACAGAUUAUUAAGCGAAAAUUCCACAUGUCAUCAUGUUGAUACAAAAGGGGAAACAUGUAAAGGAUUAAAAACUAUUCAUCCAAUUGCUUCACCGAUCCAUCUAUUUAUUGAACUCCUUAAUUGGGAAGAAGAUGCAGUCGACAAGGAUUACAGUGCUGAAGUUGCACAACAGGUCAACGUAUGUUUAGACGAUGUACCUCCAGUGUUAACAAUAAACAACAUUAAGUAUGAACUGAGGGGUAUAUGUUCACACAGACACGGGUUGAGUAGAUUGAGAAAUAGUGUUGGACAUUAUCAAUCAUACUGCAAGCGGAACCACAUACAAAACUGGGAACUUUAUGAUGACAUGAAAUCCAAACCAAUGCCAGUCAAAUCUAAUACACGAGUACCUUGCGAAUUUUUAAUUUACACAAUAUGA